UCCUGUCCGUGAGGCCGCUGUUUUUCUUCUUCCCCUGCGCGGAAGAGGGGCUGCUGUUCGGGCAGGAGAGGCAGCAAGUCAUUAGAGGGGUGCAGGUUUGUGUUUCUCAACAACUGCCAGAAUCCUCCAGGCAGCACAGACCAUAUUCUUCCCAGACUGAAGGAAAAGAGGCAUGUCCCACAACAGAGUUCAUCCCAUCUGUUGGAAUGGCUUCCUUGUGCCUGAAGACUGGAAGGAAGGAGCUGAACUGGAUUACUCAAUAUCUUGCAAGGUUUUGGAGGCAACCACAAAAAAGGACAAUGUUUUCAAAGACUCAGGGAAUGACAGAGUUGGCUAAAAGAAGACUUCUCUAUAACCCCGUGCAGACAUUCUGUACGGCAGGAGACAGUAAGGAAAAUAUAAAAGGAAAUAAGAUAAAUUACACCUUCAAUACGAAGAUUGAAAAUGUGGGGAGAAGAAUCCCGUAUCUGCAUGUUCAACUGAUAGAUGAGAAUGGCGAGAACAUGGGAGUAAUGCACAGAGCUGAUGUGCUUCGGCUCAUGGAUGCAAGGGGGCUAAGACUUGUUCUGCUCAGAGAGAACACCAAGCCUCCAAUGUACAGGCUGAUGUCGGGGCUGCAGAUUUAUGAAGAACGCCUUCGAUUUAAAGAAAAACAGAAAGCUGGCUCCAAAAGUGGGCCUGUUCAGACCAAGGAGAUAAGGUUUUCCACAGAUAUCGCACAGCAUGAUUUAGAUAUAAAGUUAAGACAAGUUGAAAAAUGGAUUGACCACAAAUACCAUGUUAAAGUAGUAGUGAAUCAGCACAAGGCUUCCGUUGGAUCAGAAAAGAUGCUACUGUUGUUUGAUAAAAUUUUGGCUUCGAUGCCUGGAAAAGUGACUUACCUCUCUGAGCCCCACGUUAAAGAAGGAAGCAGUAAGUGUGUUUUGAGACACAUGUCAGACAAAGAAAUCCAGGAAUAUAAGAAAAUGGGCAAAAAGAAAGAUGAUCAGCAGAACAUUGAUAAAAUACAAAAAAACAAAGAUCAGCAGGAGAGUGGAAAAGACACUACUGACUGAGAUCUCUCAAGCAGUGAUUUUAUUAAAAUGGAAAAAGACUGAAUUUCCUCCAAUGUGUUUCCAGUUGUCUGUAGAGACUCCAUAAAUAUGCAAUAAUGGUAAGUUAAUGAAUCCAUUUCCACGC